AUGAUGGGCUCGGUGCUGCCCGCCGAAGCCCUGGUGCUCAAGCCUGGGCUGAAGCCCCCCGGGCUCUCGCUGGCCGAGGUGAUCACCUCCGACAUCCUGCACAGCUUCCUCUACGGCCGCUGGAGAAACGUCCUGGGCGAGCAGCUCUUCGAGGAGAAGAGCAGCCCCAAGACCGCCUUCACGGCCGAGGUCCUGGCUCAGUCCUUCUCCGGAGAGGUGCAGAAGCUGUCCAGCCUGGUGCUGCCCUCGGAAGUGAUCAUCGCCCAGAGCUCCAUCCCCGGGGAAGGGCUCGGCAUCUUCUCCAAGACCUGGAUCAAGGCCGGCACCGAGAUGGGACCCUUCACCGGCAGGGUCAUCUCGCCGGAGCAUGUGGACCUGUGCAAGAACAACAACCUCAUGUGGGAGGUCUUCAACGAAGAUGGCACGGUGCGGUACUUCAUUGAUGCCAGCCAGGAGGACCACCGCAGCUGGAUGACCUACAUCAAAUGUGCACGGAAUGAGCAGGAGCAGAACCUGGAAGUGGUUCAGAUCGGGAACAGCAUCUUCUACAAGGCCAUUGAGAUGAUUCCUCCGGACCAAGAGCUGCUGGUCUGGUAUGGGAACUCCCACAACACCUUCCUGGGCAUCCCGGGUGUGCCGGGGCUGGAAGAGGAGCAGAAGAAGAACAAACAUGAGGACUUCCACGCAGUGGAGACGGGGGCCAGCACGACGGGGCGCAUGCGCUGCGUCAUCUGCCACCGCGGCUUCAACUCCCGCAGCAACCUGCGCUCCCACAUGCGCAUCCACACCCUGGACAAGCCCUUCGUGUGCCGCUUCUGCAACCGCCGCUUCAGCCAGUCCUCCACCCUCCGCAAUCACGUCCGCUUGCACACCGGCGAGCGUCCCUACAAGUGCCAGGUUUGCCAAAGUGCCUACUCCCAGCUCGCCGGGCUGCGGGCGCACCAGAAAAGCGCCCGCCAUCGGCCCCCCAACGCCUCCCUGCAGGCUCACUCGCCGGCCCUGCCUGUGCCCCACCCCGCCUCGCUGGCCCACCACAUCCCCACCAUGGUGCUGUGA